AUGCUAGCUGGUAUGGUGGCUCCAAGAGGAUUUUUGGUCUUUGACAAUCUGGGGUACGAAUGGUUGUCACCAUGGAGCAGUUACGGAUGUAUGACCGCGGCAAGGACCAUCUACAAGGCACUCGGUGUUGAGCAAUCCCUAGGCUACUCCGAGGCAGCAGACCAUACACAUUGUCAGUUUCCAGUUCAGGACCAAGGUGCUGAGCUGGACGCGUUUGUGGGUAAGUACCUGCGGGAAGAACAAGUCGACGCGAAUGUCUUCAGGACGGAAGCCAACUUUACCUUUGAUCAGACCAUGUGGAUCGACUGGGAUAGUCCGGAUUUGACUUGA